AUGUCGUCAAGAUCCUACUCGAUCGUCGAACCACACCCCUCAGUCACCAACAACACACACUUCAUCUCGACGGGGCGGGGCGGCUUCGGCAACGCCGUGAGAUCCUCGUCGAGCAGCGCCUCCGCAUGGGGUAGCGACGCCAGCACCGGCGGACGCACGUCAUCGUCACGGCUCGGCUCCCUGGCGUCGUCGACGACCUCGUCGGCCUCCAGCUCCAGGAAGACCUUCACCUCCGGCCGCGGCGGGGCGGGCAACGUGUUCCCCAGCUCCGAGCGCGCCAUCUUCAGCUUCGACGAGGAACUCGAGCAGCAGCUGCGGUGGGAGCGCGACGCCGCCCCCGUGUACCACGUCGGCAGGGGCGGGGCCGGCAAUGUCGGCCACGUCGGCAAUAACAACAACAACAACGGCAGCACCAGCGCCAACGCCAUGAUGAUGAGGCGGAGGCCGAGCGAAGCCAGCUCCCUCUCGGCCACCAGCGCGAGCUCGCACGGCAGCGAGUCCGGCGCGGACCAAUUCAACCGCAGCGUCAAGAAGGGAUGGAAGAAGAUCACCGGCAUGGGCAUGCAUCACCACCAUCACCACCUCCAGCAGUAA